AUGGUUUCUGCAUACCGAAAUUGGCACCAAUUCUCUCUUUCCUUCUCUAAUGGGCGGAGCCAACGCUACCUGUGCCGCAGCGCCACCUGCCGUGGCCAACUGGUACCGCAGCAGCGCCACCUGCCGGCCGACCCAGACCGGAAGCCGUUCCGGAGACUUUACGACAACGUGCUGCUUGUUCGGAUUUACGGUACAUCACGGCAUGGCUACCACGGCAUGGCUACCACGGCUGUGGCCGCCUCGCCGUCGCUGGCAUCUGGAGCUUCGCUUUCCUUCACCGAUGCCUGUUCCCUCAUCCAGAGCCCACAUUCCUGUUUGAUGUUGGACACCUGCCGCCGACACCUCGCCCUCUGCCCGCUCUACUUGAAUCGCAAGCGGAGCGGCAUCGAACGCCAACUCAAAACCGAGCUGUUCCGCUUCUCAGAGAGAUCCCACCAGUGCUGUUCCCUUGUCCCGGAAGAUAUAUUUGAUGACCCAGCUAAAACUGGUGAAACUCAUACUGGUCUGCAGGGUGUCCCAGUUGCAUACAACAAGAUCAGAUUAAUUGGUGAGUUAGGUGACAUCUUUGAUGACCAAGGAUAUAUACAUGUCAACAUUGAAGCUGAUUUUGUUAUCUUCAGGCCCAACAUUGGACAAAAGCUGGUGGGCACGGUGAAUAAAAUUGCUCCAAGUCAUAUUGGCUGCCUGGUGCAUGGGUGUUUUAAUGCUUCCAUUCCCAAGCCACAUCAUGCAAAUGGAGUCUGGCCAGGCUUUGAAGUAACAGUAGGAGAUACUCUGGAGUUUGAAGUUGUGCAACUGGAUGCUGAUGCUGCUGGCGUACUGUGCAUUCGAGGGCGGUUGGAUAAAAGUGUGCAGGCACCAUAUGGUGCAGAUUUUGAAGAACUGCGGGAAGAGGACUGUGUUGAACAAGAUGGUGGUAAAGCUGGGAAGAAAAAGAAGAAAAAGAAAAAAUGGAAGGAUGAAGAAUGUGAAGAGAUAGCUAAGCAGACUGUGAGCUGCACAGAGUUGGAUAGGAGUCCUACCAAACAUGAAAUGGAAAAUGUUGAAGAGAUUUUAGGCAGUAAAUCCAAAAAGAGAAAGCGAAGGACUGAGGAACCAAAUACAGACACAGAAAUCCAUGAAGGAGAUGCCAGUGAUUGCCAUAAAUAUAGCAAACCAAUUAAAAAGAAAAGAAAAUUUUCUGAGAGUGAAUCAGAUACCACCAAUUGUGUACAAGAACUAAAACGCAAAAAGAGAAGAAAACAUGAUUAGGAAAACUAAUAGCUAUAAAAUGCUGCAGAGAUGCUUCCCACCUUAAUGAAAAUGUCGGAAGGAAGGUGAUUUUAUUCUGAAGAAAAAGGAGUUUUGGUUGAACACUGUUUAUAUAGUCAUUUCACAUAAUUUGCAACUUUUUAUUUGAUUUGCAGUUGCAUAUUUACCUUUCUAGCAUAUUUGUCAACAUUUGCAAGGGCUUAUAUCACUUGAUUAUUACAUCUGCUUGCUAUUACAAAAGCUAACUGCUGUGAUUCUGAAAUGAGACAAUGCUGGAAAUAUUUUCUGCAGCAUCUGCAGAGAAAUGUGAUUUAAUCCUUUAACAGUGAUCUUGCAUCAAAUUUGGUUUCACGAUUUCAAACAAGUGAAACCCAAUUUAUUUAUAAAUUUAUUGGAACUAUGCCUUGUUGGUAAUUGAAUAAAUCUGCAUAUUUUCAUGCAGAUCAGUGACAUUCGUUCAUAAUAAAAACAAAGAUUGCUGUAAGCAAUUGGCAGGUCAGGCAGCAUCUAGGGAACAUCAGUUCUGAUUGAUUCUUUGACCUUAAAGAUGUUAACUCUGUUUCUCUACACAGAUGCUGUCUAAUUCUGUCACUUUUUAUUUCAGAUUUGCAGCAGUUAUUUGAUUUUCAUUGAUCGUUAAACUGUUCACUUGUACAAGGUAAAAAUGCUGUGCUGAAACAAAUUGAUUGUCCUAUGUAAUAUUUUUACUGCAGUAAUUUUUUCUCUUACAAAUAAACACUUAGUUUUGACUGCCAGUUUAAAGUCAAGUAUUAAGAAAACAAUAUAUUAGUUUGCAACUGGAGUGAAGUUCGAAAAGUACCUCAUUGUAGCCUUAAAUUAUCUCUAUGAUCUGUAAAACAAGUAAUUUAUCAUCCAUAUUUUACAGCUUCCCCUUUAAAAAUGAUUUGAAGUUUGUUGACGUAUCAUCCAAUAGUUUUGACCAUUCUGAGCCUACUACAUGUUAUUGCAAAUAAUAUUUAAUUAAUCUGUUUAAUUAUUCUGUUUUUCUCCAGCAUCUCAAUAUUCCAGGAAAAUCUUUUUAACCUUUGUCUUUGCAGUGAGCAAAGGAAUCAUCAUUACACCUCUAAUCACUUUUACGUGAGAAUUCUUUCUCUCCUCUAUUUUUAAAGUCCUUUUAAACACUUGGUUGAAAUUAUGUGUUGUUAUUUGCUCUAUUUAUAUAUGCUCUUUCAUGUUCGGUGAAAUCAUUGAGUUAUGUAUAUUGUGGCCUGUCCUCAUUUGCUGUUGAUUGCAUCCAUAUGUACUGAGAUUUUAAGACAAGACUGAAACAGAACUUGCAGCAAUGUUGCUCAUAGUUGAAUACAUUGGACUGAAUAUAUUGAAUACAGGGAAUGGAGGAAUAUGGAUAAGCAAAUUUGUUUAGAUUAAUUUCAUACCUGAUUGGCGCAGACAUCAUGGCUGAAAGGCCUAUUCCUGUACUGUUCUAUAUUCUAUGUCGUUAAUUGUGGGGAAAAAUUACAGCAAUUGAAAUGACCAAUGCAAGAGUGAAUUAAAGAUUCAAGAUUGUUCAAUGUCAUUUCCAGUAUACAAGUGUAAAGGAGAAUACGUCAUUAUUACUCAGAUCCAUUGCAGGACAACAAAAAAAAUUAAGAUUUAAAAUAACACCAUAAUAAAAGCACAAUAAAUAUAAAUGCAUGAGAUGACUUAUAUACAUUAACAGUAAGUCCAUUAAGUGAUGCUGUUUUGCUGAGACUCAUAAUUACCACUAAGCUAUUAUGCACAGAAUCACUUUAUUUUUCAGAGCUGUAUACAUGACACAAGUAACUAACUAAAUCCCGGGUUUUUUUUUAACAUGACUGGGAUUUUUUUUCUCAAGUGUUCAGAGUAGGUGACCUGGUUGAGUUAAAUAUUUAAGAUUAAUGAAAAUCAAAACUGAAACUGCUCUGCCUACUGAGUGCAGGAUUUUGGGCUUUUAUUUCAGUGGAAUGUUGUUGCCUUAGACUAUGGCAAUUAUUCUAUAGUGCUUAAUGAAAUUAGGCAAGAUCUGUGAGGAACUGACAAUCAGGUGGUUGCCAACAGACAGAAUGGAGACAAAUAUGAUACCCAUAACUUGAGGAGUGUCAGUAUCAGUAAGUAUAUAUUAGUAACAAGAUCCUUUACUUGAAUCCACUGUAAAGUAAUGGAAAAUUGAAAAGCAAUUGGAAUCUUUUGAGGUUUGUAUGUAGAUGGAGAGCAGGGAAACACGGAAUGAGAAAUACAAAAGAAGGUGAUUUGCAUUGAGUACGAAGCCAAGUCAGAUUUAUUGUAGUACAUAAACCCAUGAUCCUUAAAUUGUUGAAACAAUAUAUAAAGCUUUUAACCAUGAGCACAGAUUGAAUUCUGAGUGGUUAAAAAAAUUAUAUUGCUUUCUGUUACAGUACUCAUUAUCAAUUUCCGAAAUAUCUGCUAAUCCAUUAAAUCUCAACUUUCGGAUGUAGAUGCAGUCCUCAAACUUUGGUUCCAAUAUUUGCAAUAUUUUGUUCUUUUUAUCCUGGGAAGUUUGAAACAUUAGGGAAGGGUGUUUUAUGGGUCCAGAAAUGCUUACCAGGAGCAAUUAUAACGGAAUGUCUCUUGGGAUAAGAUUGGGGGCAGUGGGGUGGAAGGAGUUCCAAUAAGUGAUAACUGGUUUACAUAAUCUACAACUUUAAAUUAUGGAAGUUUGGACGAAAGUUGUAAUAGCAGCUCUCUAUAUGACGACAAUAUUUCUAUCAAUAGUUUAGCUCUGCUCUGUUGGUGGUCUUAUUGUUGGCUGCAAUAAUUUUGGGAGGUAAGUCUUCUGCCUGAGAUGUAUUUCCCCUCUACAGAUCAGCAACUGCUAAUGGUGAUUGUGUAGUACCUUUUAUGAGAGAGAGGUAGGUGUAUCAGUGAAAUGUGCAUGACAUUUGAUAUGCUAGUAAUGAUUUUAAAAAAAUGGAUGAGGAGGGCUAAAGCAUAAUGUUUGGAGGCAAGUGAUUAAUUAGGGUGUGAUUUACAAAAUUGGGUUUUCUGUUGAACAUGCAGUCGCAGUUGCUCCAGCUGUACAUAGUCAAUGGGUAAAUAAGGAGGCAACUUAGAGUCAGCAUCAGACAAACUGACAGGCUAGUUACACAUCAUGAUUCUCCUAUCCAUAUGAUAUGGUGUUUGAACCAACGAUUUUGCAGUGCCUAAGGAGCUACUUAAGGUAACGGCUUGUGGUGAAUUUAUUAAGCCUCCUGCACCCUUUCUAUCCAGCAUUGAUUCUUUCGUUCAACACACAGAAUGCUGGAGGAACUCAGCAGGCCAGGCAGCAUCUAUGGAAAAAAGUACAGUCGACAUUUCGGGCCGAAACGCUGAGUUCUUCCAGCAUUUUGUGUGUGUUACUGGAAUUUACAGCAUCUGCAGAUUUUCUCUUGUUUGUGAUUUGUUCUUUUGUUCCUGGAUUUUCUGUGAGACACUGUCCGUGGUGUCCCUGACACCAGAAGAAUCAGUUCAUCUCCCUUUGGGAUGUGGACCAGGAGUUUGAGAUCGAGCUAGAGGUUCUCCUUGUCUCAUCUGAAGCUUCCAGGUUUAGGAUGGAUGCUUUGAGCUUCAGUCCUAGGGUGAACCAAAAGGACAUGAACACAUUUUUUAGGAGGAGAUGCUGAACUUGCUCCUCCAUCAUGGUGGGGCUCACUCUGAAAAGUUAACACUCUGCUUCCUUCCUCCAGAAUUUUAAUGUUCAAAGUAAAUUUACUGUUAAUAUAUAUGUUACAACAUACAUUGAGAUUUAUUUUCUUGCAGGCAUUUGGAGAUGACUGGAGAUAGGUGUCUGCUGUACAGAUAUUAAUGCUCACACAUAAGCACACAACAAGGUAACAUGGGAAUUUAGAAUUGAAAUACUGUAGAUAUUAAAGUAAUUUUUACUUUUUGCCACAUGGUGGAGCAAUAGUUCAGAAAGAAGAUGCACCAGCAUUAACUUGCGCUCAGUCACUGCCUUUCUCUCGUAGGCUACUGAUCAUGCAUUUGGACAAGUGAGAAUUUGGAUUUAAUGAUGAUCCCCAACUUAUAACUUACUGGUGAUGAAACCUGUGGAGCUGGAGAAACAUUUAUUUCUGCUAUUGAAUAUGAUCUUAAAUGGUUUGAAAUAUAUAUUGCAAAAUUAUAGAAAGUGGAUUUCUAACACCCAUUUCAAGCCACAAAACAGCAGCUAGACAUGUAGUCGUUGUACUUUGUGUUUUUUUUUUGGCGGGGGGGGGCUUGGAAGUAGCCUAGACAGUGAUUGUAUCACUAAAUAAGUAAUUUGAUGUUCCUUAAUGUUACAUAGAGUAAGACACACCAAGACUAAUGAACUCAACUACAAAUUUCUGAUUUGGGGUGCUGUUUUUUAUGUUUCUGGUACAGAAGACUUCACUUCUGGUCCUGGUGAAGAUCUUGGGCCUGAAACAUUAACCUUAUCUCUUCCCCACAGAUGCUGCCUGACCCACCAAGGCUUUUCUGCAUUUCCUGCUUUUAUUUCACACUAAAUGCUUACAAGAACCCACAUAAUUACAUGUAAUUAUUGUCAAAGUGGUACCAGCCAAUAGAACGUAUGACAAACUAUAGCCAAAAACAGAUAAAUAACCUGGUAAAGUGGAUCAUUAUUGUUACCUGAACUGAGGUACAAUGAAAGAGUUGUUUUGCAUUCUGCCCAUUUAGAUCAUUUCAUUACAACUAUGCAUUGAGGUAGUACAAAUUGCAGGAUAAAGUUGUAGAAAAAGUGCAGUGUAGGUAGAUAAUAAGGUACAAGACCAUUGCAAGGCAGGCUGAGAAGACAAUCCAACUCGUAAUACUAAUGGAACCAUUCAAUUGUCUUAAGAAAGCAGGAUAGAAGCUGUCCUUCCUCCUGGAAAUAUGUGCUUUCAGACUUCUGAUUCUAAUGCCCAAUGGGAGGGCAAAGAAGUGAGAAUGUCUGAGGUGGGAGGGAUCUUUGAUUGGUUUGGCUGUGUUACCAAGGCUGGCAGUCUACUACCUGUUGGGAAAUUCUUGGUUGAUUGAAUUAUAAUUCGAUUGCAAUGGUAGUGUGGUUAGUGUGAUGCUAUCACAGCUCAAAGCAUUCCGGAGUUUGGAAUUCAAUUCUGGCACUAUUAUGUAAGGAGUCUCUGUGGAAUGUGUGGGUUUUCCCUAAGUGCUGCAGUUUCCUCCCACAGUCCAAAGAUGUAAUGGCUAUAAUAGUUGGGUGUUGUAAAUUUCCUUGAUUGGGUUAGAUUUAAUCGGGGUUGUGGAGUUGCUGGGAUGGUGUGACUCGAAGGUCCAAAGGGCCUCAUCUGUGUAGUAUUGCUAAAUAAAUAAUUGGUUAUGAGGUUCUGGAAGAUUGAAGAAAGGGAAAUGGAAGACAGGUGAUCAGGGGUUGGGAUAGAAUUAUCAGGACGUUAGGGUCCAGGAAGAUCAGUGAUCAAUGGGAAUUCAGGAACCAUUAUUGGGCUUUGGGGAGAUGGAAAGGGGAAUCAGAAAAGGGGGUGUUGGAGAGGUGGGCAGUGAUCACAGUGGAUGUUCAGUGAUGGACCUGGAAUGAUCUGGAAAAUCUUCGGUGUGGUGGGUGGAGAGUUGGAAAAAUGUUAAGACUGUUGGGAUUAGCAGAACGUACACCUUUUUGCUGUAACUGGGAAGAACUGUUUCUUGCUGCAUCCAACCUUUAUUGUUUCCUUUUACCUGAUUGAUUUGCCAAGGCCUGGAAAGUCUGCAAUAGCACAGUUAAAAACAGAAAUACCAUUAAAGAUAAUCCCUUUCCCUCCUUAACGGAUUUCGACCAGAAACUCAACUCUUGAAGUUACCCAUCCCCCUUCCACAUCUGUCAGAGCAAGGAGUGGAUGGGCAUUUCAUAUUUUUAAUAUUUUCACUUCUUACCCAUCAUUAAUCAAGCCAACACACACAAAAUGCUGGAGGAACUAAGCAGGGUCGAAACCCUUUGGCAGGACAUUAAUCAAACUAUUUCUUUGGUUCAAACUACCUUCCCCCUGUUUGCUCCUCCACCACCAGCCCCCAACCAGCCUGUAGCAAAGAUUACUGUGUAUUGAAGAUUGCAUGCCAUCAGGAAGGUUUGAGAUAGUCUUAUUUCCAAAGACAACUACACGUCCUUUGAAUAUGCAACUCUGCAAAGUGUAAAACAGCACCAUUCUGCUUGUUAUUGCAACUUUAAUUGUAAGGAUUACAUUUGAACUUAAGAUCAAUUUGAUCGUGUAGUUAUCUGCAGGGCAGAGGGAUAACCGGCCCUAAGAAGAGCCGGUGGAACAGUGGGGAGUAUUUGUUGGGGUUGUGGUGAGAGGUGGGACAUCUGCAAAUCAAAGAUGCUUUCUGCUCUAUACAUCAUGGACAGAAUGUUUAAAUGAGAUGAAUCAUAUUGGCUUGUAAAAUUUGUGAAUUACAAUUGACUGUGCAGUUAGUUUAUAUUGUAUGAAACAACACUCCAAGCUCAGCAAAUGUUCCGAAGUUAUUUAAGCUAAAAUCUCACAAAUGG